AUGCAACCCCCACGAGUCUUGCGACUUGCUAGUCGCUCAAUUGAAUCAUUUCCCCUGCGCCCAAAUACGUGCCGGGCAUCACAAACACUCCGGACGAUAAGCACAUCACAACGGCCCGGCAUUCAGCCUCUCUCCAAAGGAUGCAAACCUUCUCGACGAGCCUUUGGUCUUCCAUCUCUAUCAUCAUUUCUUCCCUCGAGCGGCAAUGGCAAUAACUCCCCCCACCGCGUUCUAACAGCAACCCGCAACCUCCCCUACAACCCAGCCUUGCUAUUCAAAGUGAUCGCCUCCGUCGAAUCCUACAGCCAAUUCCUCCCCUUCCUCACCGCCUCCACCGUGACAGCACGAGACCCCGAAACAGGCUACCCCACGCAAGCGUUCUUGACAGUAGGGUACGGCCCGCUCAGCGAGACGUUCACAUCGCGCGUGGACUGCAAUGUGGAGAAAUUGACGGUCGAGGCUAAAAGCGGGGACAAAUAUGGGAAGGAAGGCCAAGACAAGCAGACCAAGGGCUCUUCGAGCUCUUCCGGACUUGCUGGGUUCUUCCCUGGUGGUAACGAGGGUCUCUUCGAAUACCUCACCACAAAGUGGGAGCUUGUCCCUCUCUCGCCUGCUGAGGCCCAGGGUGGACCAUUGACGAAAGUCAAUCUCGAGGUGCGGUUCGAGUUCCGUUCGCAGAUGCAUGCUACUAUCAUGAGUUCUGUUGAGGGUCAGAUGGCUGGAGUUAUGAUUGAGGCUUUUGAGAAGCGGAUACGAGAGGUCGAGGGCAAAGGCUUGUAA